GGAGUGAAUAUUCUUCUUCCGCCAUGAAGCCAGUGUUCGUCCCUAGAAGUACAAGGCAGAGAAAGGAAGAAGAAUUCGCAACCCGGGCCGAAGAAGAACGGGACGACCACCGUGAUUCCAAGAGGAGGACGAUGCGGCGGCGGAACCACGGAGAACGGGAUCAGAAGGAUGGGGAGCGGAGAGAACGGGUGGAGGAGAAGCUUGUGGCGGAGCGACAUAAAUCACAAACAGAACACCACCACCUCCAAAAAGCCAUGCCGCCCAUCAAAGAGCAGCAGCAGCAGAUUAUUAUUCCACCGAAGAAACGGGUCAUGGCGAAGCCAGGCCGCUUCUCUUUCGAUUGGGAUAACACCGACGACACCUCCUCCCGUGUCGACCACCUUGAGGAGGCUCCCCUCCUCUUCGGACGGGGUUAUCUGGCAGGCAUCGACCGCCCUGAGCAGAGGAAGAGGAAGAAGCUCUUUGAUUUUGAUCUCCGCCACUGGUCCGAGAAGAAGGUGGAAGAGAUGAAGGAAAGGGACUGGAGAAUCUUCAGAGAGGAUUUCAACAUAUCCUACAAGGGAGGAGGAUCCAAGAUUCCUAGGCCCAUGCGGAGUUGGGACGAGAGCGGGCUGACUCCUCAGCUGUUGAGGGCUGUGGAGAGGGCGGGAUACCACAACCCCACCCCCAUCCAGAUUGCAGCCAUCCCGCUCGGCCUCCAACAGCGGGAUGUCAUCGGUAUUGCCCAAACUGGUUCAGGUAAAACCGCUGCCUUCAUUCUCCCCAUGUUGAAUUACAUUGUUGCGAGUAGAGGGUUUAUGAAAAACACGAGGGAAUUAGAGAACGAUGAGGCGGAGGCGGAGGAAGGGCCUUAUGCUGUGGUGAUGGUCCCCACUCGAGAACUUGCCCAGCAGAUUGAGGACGAGACCAUAAAGUUGUCCCAUUAUCUGAGCGGCAUCAAAGUAGUCUCAAUUGUUGGUGGGCAGUCAAUCGAGGAACAAGGGUUUAGGAUUAGACAAGGGUGUGAUGUUGUGAUUGCCACGCCCGGACGUCUUAUUGAUUGCUUGCACCGACGUUACAUUGUUUUGAAUAGGUGCAACUAUGUUGUUCUUGAUGAGUCUGACCGCAUGACAGAUGAGGGUUUUGAGCCGCAGAUUGCGGGUGUCUUGGAUGCAAUGCCUUCGACCAAUUUGAAACCCAAGAACCAAGACGAAGAGCUUGAUGAGAAGAAGAUUUACAGAACAACUUAUAUGUUUAGUGCUACGAUGCCUCCGGCUGUGGAGCGACUUGCUAGAAAGUACCUGAGGAAUCCUGUGGUGGUCACCGUUGGUAGUGCAGGAAAUCUAAUCACCCAACACGUAAUCAUGAUGAAUUCAUCAGAGAAAUUGCAUCUGUUGGAGAAAUUGCUGGAUCAACUCGGAGGAGAUAAGACGGCGAUUGUGUUUGUAAAUACUAAGAGAUGCGCUGAUACACUUUCCAGAGCUUUGGACAAGGCUGGCUAUCGCCUGACAACUUUCCAUGGCGAUAAAUCACAGGAGCAGAGAGAACUUAGUCUUGAAGGUUUCAGGGCCAAGAGAAAUAAUGUGUUGGUCGCAACAGAUGUAGCAGGACGUGGGAUUGAUAUUCCUGAUGUGGCCCACGUAAUCAAUUAUGAUAUGCCUGACAAGAUUGAGAAGUACACCCAUCGCAUUGGACGAACAGGUCGUGCAGGAAAGACAGGUGUUGCAACAACAUUCUUGACUUUACACGAUGCUGAUGUCUUCUAUGAUCUCAGGCAGAUGCUUAUUCAAAGUAAAAGUCCCGUGCCCUCUGAAUUGGCUAGACACAAGGCUUCAAAAUUCAAGCCAGGAACCAACUAUUCCUGACAGAUGACCACCUAGACGGAAUUGAAACCGUGUUUUGUCAUUGAAGCUGACUGUGCUGUAUUAUGGUUAGAAGAGGAGACACACAGUUUUAGGUUGCUGCUGCAGACAAAGGAAGUUUGGGCCUUGGCUACCGGGAAGAAGACAGAAAUGCUUGCAACUUGUGGCAGUGAUGCAGUUAUCAAUUUGUGGCAUGACUCUGAUGCAGUUAUCGUCUAAUGACGAUGUAUUGCGAUUGGAGAUGUCUUCUUUGCGGAUAUGGAGCAAGAUUUGGUGAUGCAGCCAGGUGGUCCUCUUGCUCAUAAAUGCAAGACCCUGAUUGAGCCAAGUCGUCUUAUCAUGCUCACUGCGCAAAGGUUCAUUCAAAUGUUCUUGGGGGAGAGAUUUAUAGCUCUUCAUUUCCGGCGUCAUGGAUUUUUGAAGUUUUGGUAUGGUUUCCCUUAUCUCUAACUUUGGUAUAUCUUGAAGUACUGUUCUAUAGCAUCUGAGGUUAAAUUUGAGCUGAUUGUAUGUAGUCCAAAAAUUUUCACCUAACAUGGUUUGUGUUUCCAUAAUUUGGAAAGUUUGAAACCGUUCAGAGGGGUGAGAGUUGGGGGCAUCAUGCCUUUUUUUCUUGCCGAAAGAGCGUAGUAACUUCACUGCUAUGAGUCGUGUGUGUCUGUCCUUACAUAGAGAACUUUGACAGUAUGUUUCAAAGAUUGAUUUAAGAAUGAGACCUAGGGGAUUACUUCAGUUAGUUAUUGAACUUUGGACCCAGUUUACUUGGUUGAGUGUCUACUUAGGUUUUUCCGUUUGGAACUUUCUUUAGAUUGUCGAGAUUCUUGAUUUGCUUGUACGAUCGGUAGGCUCUCUCUCCUUUGGUACCCUAAUGGAGUUAUGUCCUUUUAGAUGCCAUCAAUACCCAUACACAAUAAAAGGAAAUACUAGAUGAAAAAUGUUUAUUGGAGAUGGAUAGUAGUAAGUAUUGAUAGGACUCCCGCGUUAAGGUAAUUUAUGGAGUGGUUUUAUUGUUGAAAUUGGCAGAUUUUCUUGUCAUUUUGUUUCAUGAAUUUUGACAUCUUGGUAGUAGAUGAAUAAGUUUUUGUAUUACACGUAGGGCUGGAUCGAUUGGUUGGCAAUGGCCAUGGUGUGUUAGGAUGUGAGUGCUUGUGUUGCUUGAAUAUAGGAGUGGAUUAUUUUAGGGUUGCAUUUUGGUGAUAUAGCAGCUAGGUGGAGGCAUGUAAUGUUAUCGUGGUGAUUUUGAAGUCUACUAUAUGGUUGUCACUGUCUUAUGGUUGUGGAAAUAUUGGGAACUAGAAGAUUGUGUGGAGUUAAACUUACGAGAUUAGACUUGAUAUAUAUAUAUAUAUAUAUAUAUGAAUCAGUAAUUUCGAAGUGAUAAUGGAUUAUUAUCGUGGUUAAUUUUGGGAGUCUUGACUUCUUUAGUGCAAAAGGGAAAGUUCACUUUUGGUCAUUGUGUAUUCACUAGAAGAAUUUUUACUGGAGCAUUCGACUUAGUUAAAUGUGUAUAUUUAGUACAAGGAGUUAGACCUCGAGAUGCUAGGUGUUUGCAGGUGGUCUUGUGGAAUAUAGGUCACUAUUAUUUGAGAAGAGAUAUUGGGAACUAAUUAUGUUAAUCCAUUAAGUUAAAGACUCUAGAUUUUUGUGAUUGAUAAUAUUGCAGAUACACAUAUAGCAAUGCACGGUUUUUCUUGCAGGUGGUUAAGUUGAGUCAAAUUUUCCUUGAAUGUGUCACCAUAGCGUAUAUGCUUUUGGCAGUAUCAUUGGUGUCUCUACGGCUUCGGUUGAGGUGGUUAGAAUAACUCGCACUAAGACUAUAGUCUUACGAUCCUUGUUUGAUAUGUGGAAGUGAAAAAUGAAAUUUGGGAGGCUCAAUUGUUACUUGAUAACUCAACCUGGAUUUGAUCAUGUGUUUGGAUUUUGGUGAAGAUCGGAUUUGAGGAUGAUUCAACAAAAUUGUUUGAAUGGUGUGGUGUAAAGAUGUGUAGUUGAUUAGUAAAACCGAUCAAUGACAAAACGAUAUUUACUGUUCCAUAGGACUUGUGGCACUGAAACGAACAUCAUGAUAUCUUGAGGUUUAAGGAGUUAAAUAAUACAGGUUUGGGGUUUUGAGGUUGAAUGUAUUAUGUAUUGUUCCAGUUAGUAAUUUAUCUUUUUGUGGUUUUGCUGAUAGUUUAGUCUUGUGGAUGGUAGAAUGAUUCGAGAAAAAAAAAAUACUAUGGGAGGGGGACUUAUAUGACUUCUUGAAUUUGACUUUUACGGAGUUGGAUGUGAAAGAGAGAAUCUCAUGGCUAGAACCUAGAUAUUGGACUUCAACAUAUUAAGAUGGAGUAAAGUAAUUUGACUUCAAGAAUUGCGGCUCGCUACUCUUUUUGCAUGACACUGGCAGAGAUUGGAUUUGGGAAGCUUAUUCAAUAUAUCAAGUCCUAAAUUGGAGCGGACAUUUAUUUAUGGUAACGAGGGUAAUGGAUGUGAGAGUUCACUUGAAUUGCUUGUGUUGUAAGGCUAGUGGAUGUGAUAAGAAAAGAAAAAAAAAAUUAAAAGCAUGAUUUAUUGAGUUAUUAGACUCUUGGAACUAAAAGAAAUAUCAAUAGCCCCGAAGUGUGAGAAGAUUAACUGUACAAA